AUGGAAAAUUUUCAAUCUUUCGGGGUGGAAGGUGAGAUUCCCAGGAAGAAUAAGCGACGAAAUCAGCAGAGGAAAGAGAAGCCCCCAAACAAGCCCCUUGCUCUGAAAUUCACAGGCCUUACGAGCUUCGAUGGUGUAUCGCCACCUUCUCAAAGCUGUCCAGAAACACAUCGGAAAGGAAGACCACAAGACCCAUUUCAUAGAUUUCAUCAAAUCAGAGUUCAAGAACAACGCUCAACAGUCAGCCCAAUAUUCAUUCACCAGAAAAUAAGGCUUGCCCGUGAUUAUGCUCUUUACAUGAACAGCGUUCACCAACACAAG